UAAUCUAUGGUUCUUUAGUCAAACAGAUAAUGGAAAAUAUUUUAUACGUAAUGAAGCGACGACUAUAGAAUCACACUGGCAGAUGUGUCUAUGAAAUGAUCAUCUCGUUCGGAUUUUGAAUUUAGUCCCUUUCUCCGACCUGUUUCUUAUUUUGUUACAAGGGUGAUCAUAAGUCAGUGCUUACUGCCUAGCCACAAUGAGCGGUGAAGUAACUGACAAGUUAGGAAGGAGAGAACUUGAUGUUACAAGAUCUCCCCCAUCGAAUUACCAUGUGGAGGAUUCGCAGCGCGUUCACAAGGUGGGAGUACCUCCAAGGCAGAAACUUUCUAAAGAAUUCGCAGCUACUUUGAAGGAAACUUUCUUCCAUGACGAACCCUUGCGCCCUUUUAAGGACCAACCAAAAUCUCGAAAGUUGGUCCUUGGCCUCCAAGCCCUUUUCCCCAUUCUUGACUGGGGGAGGGAUUACAAUCGGUCCAAAUUCAUGGGUGAUCUCAUCGCCGGACUUACCAUUGCAAGCCUUGCCAUUCCUCAGGAUAUUGGUUAUGCAAAGCUUGCAAAUCUUGAUCCUCAAUACGGUUUAUAUAGUAGCUUUGUUCCACCUCUGGUUUAUGCCUUCAUGGGUAGCUCAAGAGAUAUUGCCAUAGGACCAGUGGCAGUGGUGUCUCUUCUGCUAGGAACCCUGCUGCGGAAUGAGAUUGAUCCCUCUAAUAAGGAUGAGUACCGGCGACUUGCCUUCACGGCUACAUUCUUUGCCGGAAUCACUCAAGUGACUUUAGGUGUCUUAAGAUUGGGUUUCUUGAUUGAUUUUCUGUCACAUGCCGCCAUUGUUGGGUUUAUGGCUGGAGCUGCCAUUACCAUUGGUCUUCAACAGCUUAAAGGUUUCUUAGGCAUAACAACCUUCACAAAGAAGACUGAUAUAGUCUCUGUAAUGCACUCAGUAUUGACUUCUGUACAUCAUGGGUGGAACUGGCAAACAAUACUCAUAGGAGUUUCAUUCUUGGUCUUUCUUCUGAUUACCAAAUACAUUGGAAAGAAGAACAGAAAAUGGUUUUGGGUACCAGCAAUCGCUCCACUGAUUUCUGUUUUUUUCGCAACCUUAUUCGUGUUCAUCACCCAUGCUGACAAGCAUGGUGUUGCAAUUGUACACGAUAUUAAAAAAGGUGUGAAUCCAGCAUCUGCAAAUCAAAUUUAUUUCACCGGCAGAUAUCUUCUGAAAGGAUUCAGGAUCGGUGUUGUGGCAGGAAUGAUAGCACUUACAGAAUCCAUAGCAAUUGGAAGAACAUUUGCAGCCGUAAAGGAUUAUGAGCUUGAUGGAAACAAAGAAAUGGUAGCAUUAGGAACGAUGAAUGUCAUAGGCUCAAUGACAUCUUGUUAUGUGGCCACUGGAUCAUUUUCUCGCACGGCAGUUAAUUUCAUGGCCGGAUGUAAUACAGCCGUCUCAAACAUUGUGAUGUCGUUUGUGCUAUUGUUAACUCUGUUAUUGAUCACCCCACUAUUCAAGUACACCCCAAAUGCCGUUAUUGCUUCUAUCAUCGUAUCAGCCGUGAUAGGACUAAUCGACAUUGAAGCCAUGAUCCUCAUAUGGAAGAUUGACAAAUUAGACUUUAUUGCUUGUAUGGGAGCCUUCUUCGGUGUGGUUUUCGUUUCGGUUGAGAUAGGCCUCUUGAUUGCUGUUGGGAUUUCUUUUGCUAAAAUCCUGCUGCAAGUGACGAGGCCGCGGACUGCUCUACUGGGGAAGCUCCCGAUGACUUGUGUUUACAGGAAUAUACAGCAAUACCCAGAUGCAACAAAAGUUCCUGGAAUACUAAUUGUGAGAGUUGAUUCUGCUAUCUACUUCUCAAACUCCAACUAUGUCAAGGAGAGGAUUUUGAGAUGGCUAAUCGAUGAGGAAGAACAAGUGAAAGCAAAUAAGCAAACCAGAAUUCAGUAUCUGAUAGUUCAAAUGUCACCUGUUACUGAUAUAGACACCAGCGGCAUCCAUGCCUUGAAAGAACUCCACCGAACCCUCCAAAAGAGAGAGAUUCAGCUUGUUUUAGCGAAUCCGGGGCAAGCUGUGAUCGAUAAACUCUAUGCCUCUGGCUUUGCAAACUUGAUAGGAGACAACAAGAUCUUCCUCACAGUAGCAGAUGCGGUGCAAGCCUACGCUCCAAAGACGGAAGAACCUUGAAGAAUUCGUCCAUGUCAAUUCGAUAACUUUGUUCUCGCUCUGCGAUGUGCUUCUUUUUCUUUUCUUUUUUUGGUCAAACGGAAAUUAAGUGAUGUGCUUCUAUGUCUCGGUGAUGUUGCUAGUGUUGUGGUUUUGCUGAUCAAGAGUCUGUGAAAAAUUGUGAUUAGCAGUGGUGAUUUAUGGGCUUAAGUGGAGAUGGUCUCUUUUGUUUUCCCUGCAUUGCAAAGUUGUGCAGAACUUUAUUCUCUGAAUUUUGUAAGCUAUUUGGUGGGAAAAGAUUAUUCUGCUCUGAAA